CGGAAUCUGUCAGGUGCGCUACCGGAAAUUCCUAUUGUUGAUCGUCGCUUGUAUUUCUUGUCGGCCUCUCCCAAUGCUGUGUCUCUAUUUCUGAUUUAAAAGGACUUUCCCGUAUCCAAGUAUAUCCGCAACCCGAGCACCAAGCUUAUAGGACUAGGACAAAACCAUUAAUUUGGCUUUACUAUAGCCCGGCCCGUAUUUGGGCUAACAUUAGCUUAGCAUUCGGGUAGGUCCUGCUGGCCAACACAAGCUAGUGUUUGCUGUCAUUUUAGUUUGCUUAAGAAAAGAGCAGCCGGUUACUUUCACAGCUUUUCGAAAGGAGCGACAUAAAAACAAGUUUCGACAAGAUGGCAGUUGUCAACGAAACUGCAUUGAGGAAAAUGUUAAAGCAAUACAAAAACAAAGACAUGACUGUACGUGAAAUUACAAAUGUUAUCUCACAGUACAAAGACUUGAAGCCAGUAAUGGAUGCUUAUGGUAAGUUAACAGUGUUUAAUGAUGGCUCCACAAGAGAUCUGUUGAGCUUGACUGGGACAGUACCAGUGAGCUACAGAGGCAAUGUUUACAACAUCCCUGUGUGUCUGUGGUUGUUAGACACAUAUCCAUUCAACCCUCCUAUCUGUUUCGUCAAACCAACUAGUGCCAUGAUGAUUAAAACGGGCAAACACAUUGAUGCCAAUGGCAAAAUCUACCUGCCCUACUUACACGAGUGGAAGCCAAAAGUGUCAGACCUGUAUGGUCUUAUUCAGGUGAUGAUAGUGGUGUUUGGAGAAGAGCCUCCUGUGUUUUCCAGGCCAACUACUCAAGCCCCUUACCCAUCCUUCCAAGCAACUGGACCCCCAAAUGCUUCCUACAUGCCUGGCAUGCCUGCCGUAUCACCGUAUGGUUCCACUGCUAAUCCUGGAGGCUAUCCAGCAUACCAGUACCCAGUCAGCAACUCCUAUUCAGCCAAUGCAGGCCCUGCACAUUACCCCAGUCAGCCCUCUGUCUCCACAGCUGGUAUGUUAAGUCCGAGUCGGGAUGGCACAAUCGGAGAGGACACCAUUCGUGCAUCUCUGAUUUCAGCAGUGAGUGACAAGCUUCGCUGGAGGAUGAAGGAAGAGAUGGACAGAGCUCAAGCCGAGCUGGAUGCUCUGAAGAGGACCGAGGAGGACCUGAAGAAAGGACAUCAGAAACUGGAGGAGAUGGUCUCAAGGCUGGACCAGGAAGUGUCUGAGGUGGACAGGAAUAUCGAACUGCUGAAGAAAAAAGACGAGGAGCUUAUCGAGGCUCUAGAAAAGAUGGAGAACCAAUCGGAGAACAAUGACAUUGAUGAUGUCAUUGUUCCGACAGCUCCGCUUUACAAACAGAUCCUAAAUCUGUAUGCUGAGGAGAAUGCUAUUGAGGACACCAUCUUCUACCUGGGAGAAGCCCUGCGCAAGGGUGUCAUAGACCUGGAAGUUUUCCUCAAGCAUGUCCGCCUAUUGUCCAGGAAGCAGUUCCAGCUUCGAGCCCUAAUGCAGAAAGCCCGCAAGACUGCUGGCCUCAGUGACCUCUACUGACCCCUACACAUGCUUCCAUUUUUCAACUCCUCUCUUUUCUGCUCGUUAUUUUAUUCCCCAUUCAUUUUCUACUCCUGUUUUGAACAUCUGCUGGAAUCAUCUUUGUAACAUCUGUGAAGCAAAAUCACAACCAGUGGAGUGCAGGGAGCUUUUAAACUGUUUGGCCAUCGUUGAAAUGUGACACCAUUUGUAGUUUGAUCCGAACAAAAUUUGCCCCUGACAUUGUCAGGCAUAAGCUGGACAUACACUCACUCACACUCUUGUGUACUUUUUUAGGGAUCGAAAAACACAAACGUUGUGUCAAGCAGGUCGAGACAAUGAAAACCUGCUCGUACCGUCGGGUCAUGUGCCGUGACUGCAUAACGUGACCUGUAUGUUGCUGUUGUUGUAGCUUGGCGUGUGUGUGUGGUCACCUGUACACGCUGUACCGCAGCGUGGCUCGCAGGUUCUGUUUGCCAGACAAAGUUAUUUGGCUAGUAAGCACAAAUUGUUAGGGGCAAAAGAUAGGGGCGAAGGAUAGGGGCUUUGCGGAGGAUCCCACUUACCCAGAACCAGUCUGAGUGUAAAGGUUAGACUCUGAUAUAAAUACCCAGAGUAACCUUUGAGAAGGGUUCAGGCUUCAGGAUUGACCGCUGUAUGAAGCCUGGGUUGUAUUCUGCUACGAGGACGUGGGUUGAAUUUGAAGAUAAAAGUGGAAACAGAGUAGUUAUUAGAAUUCCUGAUUAUUUUCCUACGAAAUAUAUGUCCUCCUGAUCAGUUUUUGUCUUUACAACCAGCCCAAUGUUUUAUUGUGAGUCAGCUGUUCAAGUCCAAACUCCUCACUGCAUUGUUAUUAUUCCCAUGUUCCUUUAAACUUUGUACAAACAAUAAUUUUGGGUAUUGCAGAGGAAAAUAUAUUUUAUCUUUUUUUCUUUUCUCUUACUUGAUUUAAACUCAGUCCACCUGAGUAGUUUUCAGUCUUGUGAAUAAACUCGUCAGUACUGUAUUACUGAUCCAAAAGUUAACUUAUGUAAAGUCUGCAGCAGGUCUCAUUUGAGUUGGCCUUUUACUAAAUGCACUUUGAACUGUACGAUAGUAAUGUCUGCUGUUUUGCUCAUUUCUUGUUUCCAAAUCCACCACCUGUUCUUUUGUAACUGUAGAAUUAUGUAAAUCAGUAAAAAAUAAAAUCUGACUUAAUGACGGA